AUGUCACAAAUUGAGAUGCCAAAACAAACCCGGAAGGGUACGAAGAGCUGUAGCGAGUGUAGGCGUCGCAAAAUUCGCUGUAUUCGACGCUCCGAAGACGCAGAAUCAUGUCGAAGUUGUGAAGACCGUGGCUUGAGAUGUGUUGCCCAGGUAUACACUUCUCGGCCAGUCCACGAGCAAAGAAUACCGUCGCGCCAUCGGAUUGCCCUGUUGGAGUCCGAAGUCGCUGGUCUGCGCAAGGCUGUGCGCGAGAUCCAAUCGAAGCUGGGUUACCAAAUAACAGACCUCACCAUACCAGCUUCCAUUCAACCUACCAGCAGUCAGGGUGAUGAUGGCUCCGAUGAUGAGACUAAUGGGUCAGAUGUCUUAGCGACAGAACAGCCGUUGCAUCUCCGUUCGCUUUUCCAAAAUGACUGGCUGAGCGGCGACUUUGGCCGACAAGACCAGCAACUAGAGGAACGCAAAACCAAGGCGUCAGCCAAUCUUCUGGAUCGGGCUAGGCAGGCACUGCAACAGUUAAUCCCUCGAAGAGAGGACGUUCUGGAUAUGGCUCGUACAGCCUCAAAAUGGAUCGAUCUGGUUCAUUCCAUACUCCCCCAACCAUUUGCGGUGAAAUCUCAGGGGGAACUACUGGACAGUUAUGACAGCAUGUGCGCUGAGAAUGCUGAUGCCAUGAACUUGGCAUCGUGGCUGCUUGAUCUUGCUGUCACGGCGCAGCAAGAGCCACAAGACCAAGGAAGUCCCGCAACGGCGCUCAAAAGAUUUCACAGAAUCUCGGACUUCUCCCGUGCAAUUUCGGACGCUGUGGAGAGUAUGCUGAUAUCCCACGACCGGCUGAUGGGAACAACACAAGGAUUAGGGAUGGCCAUGCACUUUCUGAGGCUUCAAAUAAGCCAAGGGAAUUUCCAGAAGGCAUGGAUCCGCAUGCGACACUUUGUGGCAAUGGCAGAGCUGCUUGGACUGCCAAAGGCCUCUCAAGGCUUUCAGCCUGAUGGCGCCGCUGCUCCACCAGACCAACACCAGCUCCAGAAAGUCCAGCUCUGGGAGUUCAUGUGCUCUGCUGAAAGAUUACUCUGCAUGAUCAUCAAUCGUCCGCCUACUACUCGGCGCUUCGAACACACAAAUGCCCAGCCGCUUUUGAUCAAUGGCAAUAUCCAGGUCCACGUUUACCUUAACAAAUUGACCGACAUCACAGCCAAGUUUGAUACCCUGGACGAACUCAACGCCACCCGUGAAUCUAGCGCACAAGCAUACGCGUACGCUCUGGAGCUCGAUCGAGAGCUGCGAAUCCUCGCCUCUCAGACACCAAAGUCCUGGUGGGAUCAGGACUCUGUGCAUAUCAAACCGCAAAAUCUUUGCCAACUUUUACAUUAUUAUUUCCUAAUGAGGAUCCAUUUGCCGUUUACAAUGCGCCAGGACCCGGCCGAGGGAACCAUGUACAGCCGCUUGACUUGCAUGGAAGCUUGUGAAGCGGUUGCGCAGCGCUAUCAACCCCUGCGCCGGCUUCUUCCAUCUGGCAUUUUUCUUUCUCCGAUCAUGGAUCUACAAGCAUUCACCGCAACAAUCGUUCUCCUCCUUACCUCCCACAGCGGACCCUCCAGCAAUCAUCCUGACUCAGAGGCGAGUAAAGCCAGAGUGCAGGGCAUUGCAGCACAGGUGCUUCAAGUCAUGGACGAAAAAUCUCGUGAUGUAACCAAUGCCAACUUUGCGCGGCUCGGCGCUUUGACCAUUCGUUCCCUCAAUGCUCUGCUUCAGCAAAAAGGCGACACUACCAAUUCUCGCCAGUUGAAUUUGAAGGUUCCACUGCUCGGAAAUGUCAACGUGCGCCUCAACAUCAGCCCUUCACAGGCGCCACCAACCACGGCAACCCAGCAGCCCUUCCAGGUUCAACCAGAUACCGGCCUAUGGAGAGCUCCCGACCAGAUCCUCCCCCAGCAGCCAGGUAUCAUGCCUGUGAACACCGGCCAUCACCUAGUAUUGCCACAGACCACGGCGGAGUGGGGAUUGAAUCCUCUCUCAUGGUCUUUCGACACCCAUGACAACUUCUUUCAAGAUGCUUUCAUGGCCGAUGUGUUUGACCAGACUGGGAUGUGGCAAACCGACUACAAUGGCUUUCAGUAG